AUGAUGUUUUUGCGUGAUUUUUUCAAGUCUGAUGAGGCAACUCUAUUGAAUUCCAUAUAUAAGAUUCCCCUAGAGGAUCUAAGAUCAUCUAUUGAUGAAGAAUGUCGAUCUUUGAUUCCUAACGAAGAAUUUGAUUUACAAAGUACGAAAAUUAAGUCAGUAAAUGAUAAGGCAAAGCAACUAUCACUUACACAAGAUAUAAGAAUAGCCCUUUUACAAUGUAUUUCUUUAAAAAUUCACGAAAAACUCGAAGAAAAAUUUCAAAAUUUUUAUUCAAUCUUAAUUUUUCGAUCUGCAACAUACAUAUUACUCACUCCCCUAGAAGAAAUUAAACUCCAAGAAUAUUUCAAUACGAUAUCUUGUUUAAAUUAUAGUUUUAAAUUUUUAUCAAAAUAUGCGGAUUUACAAUCAAAAUUUAUCGAGUUGUGGCUUAAAAAGAUCGAAACAUCACCAAAAAUAGAAUUCAUUUCACCAUUAACAAAUAUUUUAGCUGAUUAUCAAAUAAUUUCUCAAAAUAACAGCUACUUAGCAUUCAAAGUCGCACUUAACUUACUCGAAAAUCCCAAUAUUGAAUAUCAAGUUAACGAACAAUUCACCCUAAGUUCAUUUAUAAACAGUUUUGUCAUUUUUUUAGCUGAUCAAAUCGUUAAGAAGGAUAUGACCAAGCAGCUAUCAAUUUUGUACGUAGUUUUGUGCAAUAAAUCACUUACAGAAAGAGAAUUAAUCAUUUCAAUAUUCAAAAUCAUGCAAGUCCUCAUGAAAAACAGCCUCAACAUCAACUUGUUAAUAGAUAUUGUUAAUACUAUAGCCGACAAACCACCAUCUUUCAUUAAACCCGAAGAAAAUUUACAAUCAAAUUUAAUUGUUAUGCCAAACACCCCCAUAUUAGGAUUUCAUAACAUCCCAGAGCAUCCAUCAUCCGAUAACGGCGAAAUGCAUCUAUUUUCAUUUCUAGAAGUCGAGCACAUGAUCAACCACCCAUUAGUCAUCAUUUCCAACUUAUUAUCAAGGUCGCCAAUCUUUGGAAACAGCCAAAACUUCAUCAAAAUGGCAUCAUUCGUCAUCCAGCAGCUCUCAUCAAGCGAUAAACUUUAUUUCAUUGUUGUUUUAUACUUCUUAAUUUCAUUCAAUCCGUCAAAAAUUUCUGAAUUUACAAAUUACAUGACAGAAAAUAAUUAUUGGCGAUUGUUGAUCAAUCCAUCAUUUUACUCACAGAGAACGAACAUAUUUACCUCUCCCAAAUCAGACAUUGUUUCACUGAGAUGUACUUUGUACGAGAUUCUAUCAAUUCUGAUGAAGAAUGAUGAUGUUUUGCUGCAAAUCAGGAAAUCUCUUCUCGAUGUGAUGAGGAGUUUGACACAAGAAACAUUGGUUUUCUGCGAAAUACUGAUAAUGACACUCCCUUCAUUGAACAGCAUCUACUCUAUAAACAAUAUUGAUGAUGAUUUGAUGGAUGUAAUCUUGGAAUCAAUCGUCAUUGGCCAGCAUCGACACAUUUUCGGAGAAAAACUCUCUUCGAUGUAUAGACCUCAUAUGUUUUCGGCGCUUUCUAAUAUUCUCAGAACAACAAGGAACUUGCAGUUGAUUGAGAAAUCAUCUUAUUCUUGUUUGGCUUUGUCUUCUAUCGUGUUUGAGAACAGUUUUUCGCAACAGACACUGAAAGAUUUGAGGAAUUUGAUUUCGCAUGCAACAGAUGAUGACAAACUGAACAACAUUUCAUCGGCUUUGCACCAAGUUUUACUGAGUUUGUCUCCGAUGAUGAAUUCUAAAAAUUCUGAAGACUUGUUCCACAAAAUUUUGGUGUUGUUUCAUAGAUUGCUUAAAGAUAAGAACUUGAUGAUGUCCAAAAUGAUCAUAUGCUCAAGUAUACUAGCUGACAUUUGUUCAAUAGCUAUUAAAAUGUCGCCAACAAAAGACAAAAAAUAUAUUUUUGAUACGUUUUUGCAAAUUUUGUUUAGUUUACAAUUUUCACCUCACUUUAAUCCCAAGAAUGUUCCAUAUGGAGCCAUUGGAACUCAACUUAACCAAAUUGGUGUAGAUGACGAAACGUACAAGUACAUAAUGAGAAUUGUUUCUGGUUCUUCUGACUCUUUUUCAAAAAUUUCUCAACCGGAAUCGAUAAAACUGUUGUUGCACUGUUUCAAAGGGAAAGAAAGAUACAACAUGGUUCUCGAUGACUUGCUGAAGAUCUGCCAGACAUCUGCUUGCAAUAGAUGUAGCUGUUUGGUCGGAGGAGUUGUCACUUUUAUAUUUGAUCACUUCACCGAAGAAAAUUACGAGAAGAGCUUGAAAUUGUUUGAGUUGAUCAGCGAAACAAUAUGCUCAAAGUCAUCUUUGUUUGCUUUUAUUCGACAUUUUUCGAAAUUCGAAAGUAACACGAAUUUGAACAAAUUUAUUUUCCCUUCAAUUUGCACUCUGUUGAACAUCCUCAAGAAGACAAACAACAACGAACAGACAGAGGUAAUUCAGCUGAGUUCUCCACUCUCAUGCAUCAGAAGUCCAAACAUAAAUUACAGUGAUAUCAAAAACGGUUUUAUUUUUGACAGUUUUAUUUUGGUCGAUGACAAACUAGGAGAAAGAACCUUGUUUGAGUUAGGAAACGGAGUUGUUCGAAUUGUUGCCAUUUUGGACAAAGGGAAUAUAUCAGUGUGCACAUUGGAUGACAAAGGAGAAGUUUAUCAAAACUAUCUCCCUGCUGAAAUUUUACUUUCGAAAUUUUUCCACUUGACAAUUGUUUUCGCUACAGGAAAUGUUUUGUGUGUUUACGUCGAUGGAAAGUUCGUCGGUGCAAUGCCACUGAUUCCGAUGUCUAUUCCAGAAGACACUGUAUUCAACACUAACCUGAUUUUCAAGAGUUUGAGUACAACUUCUUCGUCAGUUCAAGUGAAGAAUUUUUCGUUCAGAUGUUUAGAUGUUUUUGACAACAACAAUGUUGACAAUUUUCCACUGGAAAACUCCAAAAUUUUGUUUGCUUUCAAUAAUAACAAUGUCACAAACUCACAACUCUCCCUGUCAACGCCUAAAGGAGAAGUGAAAGUUGAUUUCAGAGGCCUCGGUUUGCCUUUCUUCUGCGGAUUCAUGAAGAUCUUCGAAGCUUCUCACGCAAUUGAGUUCAUCGUCAGUCUCUUUGGUCAGUCAAACCUCCCUGACGCAAUUUCUCUGGAUCUCUUCAAACAUCUCACAGAAAUUUGCGCAAGAUUGGUCGAUAAUUCGGCGGUUAUAACCUCUCAAUUAUUUGACAUCAAUGCAUUUGAUGUAAUUUCGUAUUUUUUGUCUGAUCUUCCACCAAAUUCAUUGAACAGAGACUUAUGGCAUCUUUUUAUUGUUAUCUUUUCUUUAUUGAACAAACAAGAUUACAGGAGAAGUUUUUGUUCAAGUAUAAUUUUCAAUUGUAAUUUAUGGAAGAAAAGUGACACAAAUAUUCAGACUACAAUUAUUCAAGACAUUUUAAUGAUAUCCAAUUCAUAUACAAAUAUAUUUAUAGAGUACAUGCGCACCUCAACAAUUCUUAAAUAUCUCCAUGAUGUGUUAAAUAUUUUGGAUGAAAAUUUAACUGAUCAAAUUUUGAAAUUAUUGAUUCGUUCGAUCAAUUUAGUUUUUGAAGAAUCUGACCAACAUUCAUUAUUCAUUUUCCUAAUUUGCUGCAAGAACUAUACUCUGACAAACCAGAUACUCAAAGAGCUCCUCAAUAACAAAGUCGUUCUUAACGACAAAGACGAGUUCUGCAGCAUGUUUAUGCAUCCAGAUGAAAGUGUCAGAUUAAAUUUCCUGAAAAUUUAUUUCGAUGGAAAAAGAAAUGAAAAUAUUGACAAAUUGGCCGUUUUCUCGUUGAUUUCGAAUACAGAAAUAGUCUUGUCUGGUGAGGACGACAUAAACAACUCAUUCUUGACUUAUUGCAUUGCAAAAGCUUACGGUUAUGACACAAAUUUAUGUCAAAUUUUGUCAAAUGAAGAUUUAAUUUUGACAGAUUAUUAUGCGUUCUUGUUUAGCAUCAUUUCCAUUGAUUUCUGUCCUGACUCCAUUUUGUAUGUCGCCAUUUCCAUCAUCCAGAAAUCGAUGCACAAUCCCGAUAAUGUUAAUUUUAUUUUGGAAAAGAUGUCAAAAUUUGAUUUUGUAAUAUUUUUGUAUUUCUUGAUAACGAAAGGAAGAAACUUAAUCAAAGAAUUUGUUUUCCUCGUCAAAAACAAAGAAUGUUUUGAGAAUAUGAUUGGAAUUCUGGAUGUAAUUUCUCUUUCUUCAAAAACUGACUUAGAAAAAAUAAGGUUAAAUAUUAUGACUUCACUUUUCGAUUUUAUGAUUCGGAAAUACGACUAUGAGAUACAGAUUUCCAUUGAAGACUCAAUGAUACAAGGAAUUUUGUUCCACAGAGAAGUCAAUUCUUCGAAUUUGCUACAAAAAGAAUUCGAAAAUUCGAUUUUUUACGAAAAAUCUGAAUCUCAAAAUCAAACUCAAACGAAAGACGAUUUAUCAGACAAUUUGUUCACAAUAUUACUCAAAAUCCUUGACACGAAGAAAGAGACAGAUCUAGAUUACAAUUUCUCUGUUUAUUACAACAAAGAAAACAAACCAAUUUACAAAGAUUUUUCGAAGAAGUUGCUCUAUGGUGUUUACGCUGUUUUGACUGAAAGAAGCAUUCCUCCUUUCGAGACAUUCUAUUACUUGAUGUAUUCUUUCUUCAGAAUGAUGGACGGCCACAAACUCAUUACUAAUUUCGCUCCAAUUCUUUCAGAAGUUGGAGAAUCGACAUUAAAAGAUGAUCCUAAAAUGUUUUUGAUACUUAACUUCCUUGAAAAGUUUGUUGGAACAGACAUUUCUUAUCCACAGAAGCUAAUUGAACAGUACAAAGCAGAUAUCAUGUCAAACAAGCAAAAGGAAGAAUCCCUCAAACUCGUGAACGACUUUUCUCAGAGAAAACCAAACUGGCUUCAAAGGAAUUUGAUGGAAAUCAAUUCUUACAUUAAAGAAAUGAUGAAAAGAUACACGAGUUUGCUGAUUCCGUUGACAAUUGACUCAAUGAAAGAGCUCCAGAAGUGUUUCUCCAAUUAUUCAGUUGUUUUUAACAGAAAACAAGCAGAACACAUUUGGAGAAGAUUGUGGCAAAAGAUGACAUUCACAAACAACCCAUCUCUUUCUUCAACAGUCAAACUGCACUACAAGCGAGGCAAACUGAUUGGCCAGGACUUCUGUCCGAAUUUGCUCACGAGAAACACAGAUUUCUCAAGUCAUCCUGAAGCAUCAAAAAUCGAUGUCGACGAAACUGAAGAAGAAAAGAGUUCUUUACCAUCGCAUUUCGUUUUCCACCAUGAAUCAAGGAAGAUCAAAGAAGCACCAAUUCUCUCCGACUCUAAGUUCAACACGCCUUGCGUCAACUACAAACCAAACACAAAAAUUAAUGGUUCAUUUUACGUUUUUCAUGAUCACUUCACUUUUCUAAGUGAAGACCAUCGUUAUUUGGUCAUUAAUUUCUCUGAUCUCAGCUACUUGUUCUGGAUGAGCGUCUGCCAGAGACCGAACGCCAUUGAGAUAUUCACAGCGAACAAGCAGUCAUUUUACUUCCAUUUCCCCAAUUUCACUGACAGAUCUCAAACAAUCAAGUACAUUACGUCAAACAAUUUUCCAAACGCAAUUUUUGUGCAGACAAAGAAUUCUUCUGCAGAAAUAAGUUCGCUGGGUCUGACACAGAAAUGGCUGAAUCGCCAGAUUUCGACAUUUACUUAUUUGAUGUGGUUGAAUCAGUUGAGUGGUCGUUCAUUCAACAACACGCAGAACUACCCUGUUUUCCCAUGGAUUUUGAAGGAUUACGCUUCUAAAAAUAUUGAUUUGAAUAACCCAGAAAUCUACAGAGAUUUGUCGAAACCUCUUGGAGCAUUGGAUGAAGAAAGACUUGAGAAGUUGAAGUUGUACAGAAACAACUCAGACAACUUGAAUAUUUUGUACAGAUCCACUUACUCCUGUCCAUUCCACAUCUACUUUUAUCUGCUGAGAUUGGAGCCAUUCACAACUUGUCACAUAGAAAUACAAGACGGGCAUUUCGAUGUCCCUGGAAGACUGUUUUCUAAUCUGCAAUCAUCAUGGGUUUCCGCAAGUGGAUGCAUGAAUAACUACAAGGAAUUAAUUCCUGAGUUCUUUUAUUUCCCUGAAUUUUUGCAGAAUGUUGACAGAUUCAAAUUCGGAAAAAUGAUGACUGGAGAUGUAGUUGAUGACGUUGUUUUCCCUCCUUUCACUAGUUCUGCUGCAAGUUUUGUCCUUCUAAACAGAGAAGCCCUCGAAAGCGACUAUGUUUCAGCGCACAUUGGCGAUUGGAUUGAUUUGAUCUGGGGAUAUUCUCAGAGGGGACAAAACGCUGAAAAUAAAGACAAUGUUUUCGAUCCUCGUUUGUACGAAGAUGUCUGGGAAAGGCUGGCCGAUCCAGACUGUAUCCCAGAAAUAGAAUCAAUGCUCAUGAACAUCGGCGUCAUUCCACACAGAUUGUUUGAAGAGAAGCACCCGAACAGACAGCCAAAGAAGAAAUCAAAGCCAUCAAUCAUUGUUUACAAGACAAACACUGACAUAAAAUCAGCUACAUUCAGUAAUUCUAACAUCUAUAUCUUGUCAAACAAUGGAGAAUUGUUCCAAGUCAGUUCACAGCUCUCUUUAGUUUCUAAAAUUCCUCCCAAUUUCUCAAGUGUUUCUCCUUCGAUCUCAAACAAUUCGAUUCUCUUCGCUUGUCUCUGCAGUGACACGAAAAGCAUUUAUUUGUUGAGUGACAAGAAGCAAACGCAAUUGAGAAACACAUGCCACAUCGACAGCAUCACGUGUAUCUGCACUUGUGGUGAUUACUUGUUCAGUGGUGGUUUAGAUGGUCUUUUGGUUGAAUGGAACUCACAAAGAAGUGUCAUGUGUCAUCCAGAGCAUGUUUUGUGUCUCGACAGCAACUUAACACAAAACGCAGUUGUCACAUGUGGAAAUGAUGGAAAACUUGUCAUUUCUACAGUCAAUCCGCUUAAAUUCAUCAGAAGCGUUGACUUGAAUCUUCCUGAAGAAGGUUUAGUUGCACAGCAAGUUUCAAUCGGAGACAACGGAAUCAUCGCAGUUAUUUCAGGACACAUGUCUGACAGUGUCUGUGGAGAAUACGUGAGUUUGUACACUAUCAAUGGUUCCAAGUUCUUCGAUGACUCCAUUUCGUGUGUCUGUGUUCAAGUGUGUGUUAAGAUUGACGGAACAACAAUCAUUGCUGUCGCUGGCCAAGAUCAUUCUGUUUGUUUGUACAAGGCUUACAACAUGAGACUAAUUGAAUGCGCUGUUCGAUGUGAUUCUGCAAUUACGUCAAUGAAAUACGAUUCUUCUUCUGAAUCCCUUUACAUCGCAUCUAAGAACGGAAUAGUUACAAUAUACAAAUUAUAA